UAAAGAAAAUAGAAUCCAUUCAAUUAAUGUUACGAAGCACGCGUACAUUAUUUUGUUUUAUUUUUAUUUUUUAUCAUUGCAAACUUUUUAACGUUAAAAAAUGAUUUCUUCUCUUAUCAAUCGACAAUAUGGAAGUUCAACAGGAAAAGAGGAAUUUUCGAUUGAUUUCCUUUUAACCAAGCUUCAGUGUCAUCAGGAUGAUGAAUACCCUGGGAUUUUCUCAACCUCAAAUUCUGCUCCAAGUUCUGAUUUACUGUAUGCUUGUAAAUUUUCUCAGUCACCUGGCUUUGAACACAUAGUGGCCCUUGCCAAUGAAGAUGGAAAAAUUGCAUUUCAAGACACCAAUGUCGUUGGAAAAGCAAGACCUGUUCAUGGUACCCAGGCACAUGAAAAUGCAAUAUUUGAUCUUUGUUGGGCCCCUUCAUCUUGGCAAAUAGUUACUGCUAGUGGUGACCAGACCUCAAUACUCUUUGACAUUGGCAGAAGCUCAAUUAGUCCCAUUUCCAUCUUUCGAGGCCAUACUGCUAGCAUAAAGUCUGUUGAUUUUUCCCCAACCAAUUCAUCUCUCUUUGCUAGUGGUUCUCGUGAUGGUGCUAUAAUGGUUUGGGAUACACGGGGCAGUAUUCAUUUAAAAGCUGAAAAUGUUAUUAAAAAUGCCCAUCCUGUUCAAGCUUUUACAGAGGUAAAGACAUCACGUACUAAAAAGAGGACUACUCCCAGCACUAGUGGUGUUAGCAGUGUUACUUCUGUCCUGUUCCAGAAUGAUUAUACUCUUUUGAGUGCAGGAGCAGCAGAUGGAAACAUUCAUGUUUGGGACCUCAGGAAAAAUUAUACAGUUUACAAAGGUGAUCCGUUACCUAAGACAUCAAUUCCCUAUGGAUGGCUCACAUGUCGAAGCGGAAUAGCCAGUCUUUCCUUAGACCCUGGAAAAACUCUCUUAUACGCCGCUGCAAUGGACGAUGUUAUUUACGAAUUUAAUGUUGCAUCUUAUGAUGAAAAUCCAGUUGGUGUUUAUGGCGGGCAUGAACAGCACUCAUUUUACAUCAAAUCCUGUUUAAGCGGGGAUGGCAAAUACCUAAUUAGUGGAUCCAGUGACGAUCACGCAUACGUCUGGAAAGUCGGCGCAGGUCCUCGGCCACUCCUCAAGCUAGAUGGUCAUGGUGCGGAAGUUACGUGCGUCGCUUGGUCUUCUAACAAUGUUCCAAAAGUUUUAACAUGUGCUGAUGACGUUCGUCACCGAAUUUGGAGGAUUAACACCACUGAAGAAACCAACGAUGCGGACAAUAUCAGAGAGAUAAGAGGACAUGCUUAUAAACUUGAUGCUCAAACUCCUAUUCCGAAAUCUUGCGAAGAAGCUUUGGUUAGGAUUAAAAAGAAAGUCAAUGUAGUGCCAGCUUUAGGAUGCAAAACCCCAAAGUCUAUCCUAAAGGUUAAUCAAAAUACUCGUAUGCUGGAUCGAACUCCUGAUAUCCUCGCCAACAGCAGCCGUUCAUCAAAUGAACAAUUGUUAAUCGGCACGCCACGAAUUGUACUGUCACCAUUAACAAGUAUCAACGAGCUGACUCCAAACCAAAGUGGGAAUAAUAGCAAUAUCAACCGAGCCGCCGCUUCUCGUCGACUUGAAAUGGACCGGACAGAUUAUUCUUCACCUACUAGAGAUCUUCCCAACUACGUGGCUGACGGUGUUUCACCCCACAGUAAAAUCCGUUCAAGCACAAAGAGAAAAAAGUUGGAUUGGUUGACCGAUCUUAGCCGGAAGAUAACACCGAACUCUCAAAAUAAAAUGCGAAGGAUAAAAUAAAUGCCACUGAACAAUCAGAUUUUUUCCAAAUCUUGUAAUUUACGGAAUGCCUUUUUUUUACAUAAAUAAAGAACCACGUUUACUUUUA